AUGAUGAUUCGCGUUUCUUUACUCAACCUAGCAGCCAUUGCUACGCUGCUCCUCGGUGCAGAAGCCGGUCCCUGUAAACCAGGGACGACCGCUGCGACAAGCCUUGCCGAGACCACUUCGUCGCUCGCUGCUGAGACUACGGCUACAUCAAUUGAUACGACUGCUGUUACGACCGUGGCGGAUAUUACUACUACAACUGAGGCUGAGUCUACUACGACUACUGCAGCGGCAGUCUGUGUCGAAACCCAGCUGUUUGUCAACCCAAACUUUGACGACAUUCCCGACGAAAUCACGCCUUGGUCCAGCAACGCCGCCCUCACCCAAAACCAGCCCCAAUCCGGCACUAACGCACUUUCCGCAACCUUCGCAAACGGCGAACCCGAUUACUACUUCAAGCAGACUCUACAAAAUCUGAGUGGCAAAUACCGAUUCUCUUACUACUACCGUGUCGUCAGCAUCAGCGACAAUGCCGAUUACACUUGCAACGUUCAGCUCUCGGCUGGAUCUGUAAGCGAAUAUGGCGCCAUGUAUGACAUCGUCGGUGGCUGGAGGACAGACAGCGUCAUCUUGGAUCUGGGUGAUGAUACUAUCGCACAGGCUGAUGUGCAGCUUGGCUUGACCUGUCUUGGAGAAUUCAGAGGAAUUGAGGUUGACAUUGAUACUCUUGCGUUUACGCGAGUUUGUGGUGCCGCUUAG